CGGUCACAUUUCCACUGAGUUGUUUUCCAACCGGAUUUUUAGUGGUACUUUUAGUUCGCACAAAUCGCUUAGCCGCGGUACACGCUGAGUAUGAUGUAGAAUGCUGCGGGACAUGCGGAUCCUCCCCGCGGAACUGCGCGAGUGGUAGAGUCGGCCGAGGGACACCGUGUACCACCACGCUUGACAUUGAGGUUAGAAUCGGAUAACCCACUUUCGGUCGCGGCCAACGCGGUCGCUGUAUCGCGUGUGCGUGUCCUUCCGUGUUAAUCAGGAGCGCCGACAGGAAAUACCUGUCAAUAUCUGUCUGUUAAAUGGUGAUUAUCGAUGCGAUGGAGAGAAGGAUAAAGCUGAAGAACCUGAAUAGUCACAUAACCUGCAAGAUAUGUCGCGGAUACUUGAUAGACGCCACUACCGUCACCGAGUGUCUGCACACGUUCUGCAAAAGCUGUCUGGUCAAGCAUCUGGAAGAGAAGCACACGUGUCCCACGUGUCAAAUCGUCAUACACCAGUCGCAUCCCCUUCAGUACAUCAGCUUUGACAGGACCAUGCAAGACAUUGUCUACAAAUUAGUUCCUGAUCUUCAAGAAAACGAAAUCAAAAGGGAGAGGGAAUUUUAUAGGGCCAGAGGUUUGCCUUGUCCCAAGGAUAUUCUACCGAACGCUGGCGAAGUGGAGGAGGAGAAAGCCAAUGCGGAUGCACACGCGGAAACGGAUUAUCACCGUGCGGACGAACAGGUCAAUGUAUGUUUGGAGUGCAUGAACGCCAGUUUAAAGACACUGAAGCGAAGAUUCAUCAGAUGUUCCGCUCAGGCUACGAUAACACACGUGAAGAAAUUUAUUGCUAAGAAGGUGUUGAGUGGGAUGGAGAAAUAUAGAGAUAUCGAUAUUUUGUGCAAUAACGAGUUACUAGGUAAGGACCAUACAUUGAAGUUCGUUUACGUGACGAGAUGGAGGUUCAGGGACCCACCCUUGAGGCUACAAUACCGAUCGCACAUAGAUAUGCAAGACUAAUAUCCCUACGUGCGAGAUGUACGAGAAUUCGAAGGAUUUCUAUUGUAUCGUACAUUUUUCCAACUCGAUUCCUCUAUUCCUGUCUCUCAACUCGGUUACAGUACUUAUCCCCGUCUCUGCGUUGCAGAUAUUUGCGUCGAUUAUUGAGAGAUAAUUUCAGUUCCGUGAAACAGGGUGAUACCGCCGACCUCGUGACGUGUGUUUCCUCUCAUUAUUAUUAACAUCGUUAAUAUCAACGAUAAUAACAAUGGGAUACCGUUAUUAUUAAUUAAUACGUCUGCUGUAUGAAUAAUCUCGUUAUUAUUGAUACUAUAUAUUUAUAAUUGUUCGUUUGUGUAUGUAGGCGAUAAUCGAGCUAUUUAUUUGUGCGAAAUCAAAGAUUGUUCUUGUCACGUGCCGCUCACCGGUAGCACUUGUACGUUCGUUCGUUAACAUUCGACUCUCGUACGGAGGAACAUUGUUGCGUUAACAUCUUGUCGACAGACGAAGCGGCAUACGUCGGACUAAACGUUCGUCAUCUGUUACACAACGGCGCGUCAAUUGAAUAUCGCGUGCAAGAAGCAACGGGCAUGCAUAAUUGCAUAUUCGAUCUCGGUUACUGAUAAGACUUCAGUACGAUUGCUACGGAUUUGCGUGCGCCAUAAAUUACGAUCAAGUGUUGAAUGAUGUUGAAUGAUGUUGAAUUUAUAAUUUGUAGCGUAAUGAACGAUGAUGCGUCGCUUUCGCCGUGUCGAUAAAGUGUCGAGGAGAAAGAGAGUCUGUAUUUCUGACACACGGUGUGCAAGUCUUUUGUAGAUAUCCGAUAUCACCAGCGCACAAAUUUUCGGCGCCUGCGUGUCGAGUUGCGGUAGACUUUCGGCGACCAGGAUGGUGAACCAGGUGUACACCGUCUCGCAUCUCGUGUCUCGAGGCGAGACGACAAAUCCGAAUCGAAUUCUCGUUUCGCGAGAGCGAAAACGUUUUUCUUACACACAUACAUACAUACCCCAUUUGUACAUAGAAUAUUUUUGACAGAACUCGGACGACGUCGCGCGUAGACGCAAAAGCUUUGUAUCGGACGCGAGUGAGGAGGAAGAAAGAGACCGGGCCCGCACCUUGGGCCUUUUUAACUUUGUAUGUUCACGCGCCGUUAUAUAAUAUAUUUUAAUCGUGCCGCGAGUUUUCCUCGAGACGCCUCGGCUCGCAGGAGAAAGAGAGAAAGAGAGAGAUAAUAUUAUCCCGCGGCGAUAAUAUAUUUUCGAGAGAUUUCGCCCCCGUCGUCGAGCGAAACGCGCGGCGCUCGUCGCUUGUAGUGAAGUGAUCUUGUUUCAUCCGAUAAUAAACGGAAAAAAGGUGUGAUUGUAUAUAAUAAAUAUAAUAGGGAAUCGGACACACGAUCUUUGCGAAGUAGCGGCAUUGCAACAAUGAUAGAGCUUGUAUGUUGUACACCGUGUAUGUGCAUCUUCAUAAAUUAUUAAAUAAAUAUGUUUUGUACAGUAU